AAAAACAAUAUAACAACAAAGAUGGUGACCAUAAAGAAUUUCUUCAAGAAGGCUUCUCAUCAAGAUCAUCACAAUCAAGAAAAACUACUACCACAUGAUGAUGAUGAAAUUAAUAAUAAGUGUUGUUGUUUCACUCCAUUACAUGAAAGAUUCAAAAGUUUGUUCAACAAUAUUCAAGAUUUUACUAAGAAAGCAAUUGAGAUGGGUAAAAAUGAUCCAAGAAAGAUCAUUUUUUCAUUAAAAAUGGGAUUUGCAUUAUCUUUUGUUUCUCUUCUCAUUUUCUGGAAGAAACCUACUGAUGUUGCUCAAUUUGCAAUAUGGGCAAUCUUGACAGUUCUUGUUAUGUUUGAGUUCACCAUAGGAGCAACUUUUAUUAAAGGAUUUAAUCGUGGUUUGGGAACAUUUUGUGCUGGGAUGCUUGCUUUCAUCUUUGCUCAAUUAGCAUUAUGGGCUGGAGAAAGGGAAAAAGUUGUAAUUGUUGUGAGCAUUUUUAUCGUAGCAUUUGUAGGAUCAUAUUUGAAGUUAUAUCCAACAAUGGCACCAUAUGAAUAUGGAUAUAGAGUAUUUAUCUUGACAUAUUGUAUUCUCAUUGUGGCUGGAAAUAGGACUAGAGAAUAUAAUGUGGCUAUUUUUACUCGUUUAGCCCUAAUUGGUGUUGGUGCUGGUAUUUGUUUGAUGAUUAAUAUUAGUAUUUGCCCUAUUUGGGCUGGUGAAGAUUUGCAUCGUUUGGUCGUUAAGAAUUUCAUGGAUCUUGCAACUUCUUUAGAAGGUUGUAUCAAUGGGUAUUUAAGUUGUGUUGAGUAUGAUGAAGCUACAAAUGACUUAAAUUAUAAUGGCUACAAAUCUGUCAUAGAAUCCACAAGUCGAGAGCAAACAUUGCUUGGAUUUGCUAUUUGGGAGCCACCUCAUGGACGUUAUAAAAUGCAUAAGAAUCCUUGGAGAGACAUUGUCAAAUUAAGCAGUGGAUUGAGACAUUGUGCAUUCAUGGUCAUGGCAUUGCAUGGAUGUAUCCAAUCAGAAAUUCAGGCACCGCCAGAAAAGAGGAAGGUUUUCCGUAACGAGCUUAAGAAAGUUGGUAUAAAUGCUGCAAAAGUUCUACGUGAGCUAGGAACAAAAUUAGAGAAAUUAGAAACGCUAAGUGGUCACGAAAAUAUCUUAAAAGAUGUGCACGAGACGGCACAAAACCUUCAGAAAAAAAUUGACCAUAAGUCAUAUCUGUUGGUCAACUCAAAGAGCUGGGAAAUUGGAAAACCUAACAACCUUGACGAUUCUUCAAGUGAAAAUAGUAGUGAAAAUAUGCCAUUAAGCUCUCGAUCACUAAGUGAAACAUCCAUUGACAUAAGGUCAUUACAAGCAAAUUGGCCACAAUGUGAUCAUCAAUUGGAUACACCAUUUAAAAAGCAAAAUCAAUGGCCUUCAAGACUCUCACUUGUUGAUGGUGAAAUUACUGAUACAAUUGAAAUGGAAACUUAUUUAAGUGCUAGUGCUUUAUCUUUGGCAACUUUUGCUUCACUUCUCAUUGAAUUUGUUGCAAGGCUACAAAAUGUGGUUGAUAAUUUUGAAGAAUUAAGUCAAAAGGCAGAGUUUAAAGAGACAAUUAGUGUUAAAAGUUAAAGAAUUUUUACUAAGUAUAUGUUAAUAAUGUGAUUUGUUAUUCAACAUGUGAGUUUUUUUUUUCAUUUUUGUUUUUGGUGAAGGAUUAGUUUGUGUGAAAUGAAAAGAGAAAAACUAUUGUUGA